AUGGCCCCCGUCACCGCCGAGGGCUUCCAGGAGCGCGUGCGGGCGCAGCGGGCCGUGGCGGAGCAGGAGAGCCGGGGCACGGCCACCUACUGCGCCGUCUGCAGCAAGAAGUUCGCCUGCCUGAACGCCUACGAGAACCACCUCAGGUCCCGGCGGCACGUGGAGCUGGAGAGGAAGGCGGUGAGUCGCCGGGUGGAGAUGAUGAACGAGAAGAACCUGGAGAAAGGGCUGGGCGUGGACGGUGUGGACAAGGAUGCCAUGAACGCGGCCAUCCAGCAGGUCAUCAAGGCCCAGCCGUCUCCCAAGAAGGCCCCCCCCGCGCCCAGGAGGGAGCCCGGGGGGCCCGCGGCGGCGGCCGAAGGAGGACGGGAGGCGGACGACCGCGACCCGGCCGAGAAGCCUCCCCGGUUACAGUGGUUUGAACGGCAGGCGAAGAAGCUGGCCAGGCAGCAGGGCGAGGAAGAGAGUGAGGAGGGCGAGCUGGACGGAGACGAUUGGGAAGAUAUGGAUUCUGACGAAGAAAUGGAAUGUGAAGAUGCUGACUCGAUGGACGAGUUGGAGGAGCAGGAUGCGGAGGAGGAGGAGGCCGGGGGAGGCGCCCCUCCUGGAGCCAUCUCUAUAAAGGACUGCUUAUUUUGUUCCCACCAUUCAAGCUCCCUUAUGAAGAAUGUGGCUCAUAUGACUAAAGUCCAUAGCUUCUUCAUUCCUGAUAUAGAAUAUCUUUCGGAUCUCAAGGGACUGAUUCAGUAUUUGGGAGAGAAAGUUGGUGUUGGGAAGAUUUGCUUAUGGUGCAAUGAGAAAGGGAAGUCCUUUUACUCCACGGAAGCUGUGCAAGCACACAUGAACGACAAGAGCCACUGUAAGCUCUUCACAGACGGUGAUGCUGCUUUGGAAUUUGCAGACUUCUAUGACUUUAGGAGUAGCUACCCAGAUCAUAAGGGAAGGGAGGAGCCUGAUGAGACCGAGGAGUUGCCCUCAGAAAAGACCUUGGAUUAUGAUGAUGAAACCAUGGAACUGAUUCUACCAUCUGGUGCCAGAGUGGGCCAUCGCUCCUUGAUGAGAUACUACAAACAGCGAUUUGGCUUGUCAAGAGCUGUGACAGUUGCCAAGAACCAGAAGGCCGUGGGCCGGGUACUCCAGCAGUACAGAGCCCUGGGAUGGACUGGCAGCACAGGAGCAGCUCUUAUGAACAAACGGGACAUGCAGUAUGUCCAGAGGAUGAAGUCAAAAUGGCUGCUGAAGACCGGAAUGAAGAACAAUGCCACCAAGCAGAUGCACUUUAGGGCCCAAGUGAUGUUCUAA